AAAUUUAAAUAAACGCAAAGAAAGCCAGAGAGAGACAGAGAGAAAGAGAGAGAGAGUAGUCGGUGGUCCUUUCCCUUCCUCUGUGCUGUUGCCCAAUUCCCCAAUUGAUCUCGCCCCCUCCUUUAUUUUCUUUUCCUUCUCCCUUUCUAUAAAAGCAAACGGGACCGUCUUGUUCCUCCUCCUUGUUGCGUUAACCUGACUUUCUUCUUCGUUAACGAUAAAUAUACACAGAUACUUGAGAAGUCACCCUUUGGAGGAAGACUGUACAGUUGAGUACCUAAAGAUUUUUCUUCAUAGAGAUUUAAGGGGGAAAAAAAAAAAAAAAAAAGAUGAACCAGUGUGCUAUCCAUCCAAGCGCUUUCUCUACCCGCGAAGAGAUACGGAGCUGCGUCUCGGACAGGAGAGAUCCGGUUGUUUGUCCCAAACCAAGACGUCUCGGUAUGUUGACCACCGCCAACGACCACCCUGUCAGGUCUUUCAGAUGGCAUCUCAGCCACCAAGCGGAGAUUUGUGAUUCAAAAGCAGGAACUGAUCUUUUGGAAAUAAUCCUGACAAAGGGUGGUUGUGGUGUGGAACAAUCCUGUACACAAGUAGCCUCGUCGCCCCCUUUUUUUUGUGGGUCGCCGCCAAGCAGAGUAGCUAACCCAUUAAUUCAAGACGCCCGAUUUGGGGACGAGAAAAUCUCUCCUAUCUCGCCACUUAUGCCCGUGCCGAUUCUUUCUCCAUCGGGUUUAUCAUCUUCUCCGACUUCCUCUACAAGGAAGGCAGGCUGCGUUAGGUCAAAUUUUGGGAACAAACCAGCAGUGAGGAUUGAGGGUUUUGAUUGCCUUGACAGGGAUCGCAGGAAUUGCAGCAUCCCUGCUUUGGCAUAGAGAAAACCCAAUUUCAAUUAUACAAAAGGUACAUAGUUUUUUUUUUUAAAAAAGAAGGAGCUAAACAAACAAUCGGUCAAACAUCUUUGAUAGUGUGAGAGGAAUUUUGAACUUAUCAUGAGAGGGAAAGGUGAGGGCGGGGCAUCUUUUGCUAGUGUAAAUAACUAAAUAUGUUUUAAGGGUGCUUUUGUAUGUACUGAUGUGUCUUUGUAAGUCAAAUAGUGUCUGUUAACAAAAAUAAUGGAGGGUUAUUGGAAUUUUGUGAUUAGGAAGAUCGGUAGGAGAUGGGAUUGGGUUGAAUUGAGAAAACUCUUGUUUCGCUCAAUCCUGUGUGUUAUUAUAAAAAGUAAUGCUGAGUCUCAGGUGAGAAUGUGAAAAUUUUUCUUUUUUUAUCUUUUUAAGUCCUGGAGUUCCAAUGAGCGGCUUAUGAAGGGAAAUCUGUACAAAAAUUGAAGUCGGCGUCGAGUCUUUGAUGUAGUCAUUUACAAUGUAAAUAUUACCCUUUGUUUUUUAGAAAUGGAAUGAUUCUGUUUCGUUUUUUUA